AUGGCGACGACGAUUUACAAUAGCAAUAGUGAUGGCGACGGCGACGGCGAUAGUGAACUACAGUGGCAGCGCCGAAGCCCCAAUGCUGCCAGGAGAAACGCCUACAACGAGUGGAACUACAGUAAGCUGCGGAUAUGGCAGCUUACCGAGUAUGACAAGAUCAUCUUCGUAGACUCUGAUUUGGUCACACUCAGGAACAUCGAUGAAUUUUUCCAGUACCCCCAGUUAUCGGCCGUAGGAAACGACCAGGUUCUCUUCAAUUCUGGGAUCAUUUUGAUUGAGCCGUCGAAGUGUACGUUUAGGAAGCUGAUGGAUAGGAAGCAAAAGUUGACGUGGUGGAACCGAUGGCCGUCGACUCUGAAUUAUCUAAAAGUUUUCGAAGAGACCAAAAGUAGUGAAAGAGAGAAGCUGCCGGAGUCUCUGUACACGAUUCAUUAUUUGGGGUUGAAGCCAUGGAUGUGUUACAGGGACUACGACUGUAACUGGGAUAUGGGGAAACGUCAUAUAUUUGCGAGUGACUCGGCUCACAGAAAGUGGUGGCAAGUGUUCGACGCAAUGCCGAAGACAUUGCGACCUUACUACAGCCUCACUAAGAAAAUGGAUGCAAGGAUAAACAAGUGGAGAGAACGGGCGAAGAAUGCCAGUUUGCCCGACAGGCACUGGAAGAUCAAGGUUAAGGAUCUCAGGCAACACCAUUGA